AUGUUAAAGAAUAAUUAUACCAUGCCAACUGAGUUCAUUUUUGUUGGAUUCACCGAUUAUCUACCUCUUAGAUUCACACUAUUCCUGGUAUUUUUCAUAGUAUAUGCAUUAACUGUGGUAGGAAAUAUGGGCUUAAUAAUCUUAGUUAAUGUUGAUCCCAGUCUACAAACCCCCAUGUAUUAUUUUCUUAGCAACUUGUCUUUCUUAGAUAUCAGUUAUUCAACAGCAAUCACUCCUAAAAUGCUAGUGAAUUUCUUAGCAGCAAGGAAGAGCAUUUCUCUUUAUGGCUGUGCACUACAAAUGCUUUUCUUUGCUUGCUUUGCUGAUGCCGAGUGCCUCAUUCUGGCAGCAAUGGCAUAUGACCGCUAUGCAGCCAUCUGUAACCCAUUGCUCUAUUCCACACUUAUGUCUAAGAGAGUUUGUUUCUGCUUCAUUAUGUUGGCCUACUUCAGUGGAAGUAUAACUUCAUUGGUGCAUGUGUGCCUCACAUUCAGGCUACCAUUUUGUGGCUCCAAUGUUAUCAACCAUUUUUUUUGUGAUAUCCCCCCUCUGCUAGCUUUAUCAUGUUCAGAUACUCAUAUAAACGAGCUUCUGCUCUUUGCCUUGUGUGGCUUCAUCCAGACCAGCACAUUUGUGGUCAUAUUUAUCUCUUAUUUCUGCAUUCUGAUUACUGUUUUGAGCAUCAAGUCCUCAGGAGGCAGAAGCAAGACAUUUUCCACCUGCGCUUCCCAUCUCAUAGCAGUCACCUUAUUCUAUGGGACACUUUUGUUUAUGUACUUACGUCCUGCCACCAGCUAUUCUCUAAACACUGAUAAGGUGGUUGCAGUGUUUUAUACAGUUGUCUUUCCCAUGUUUAACCCAAUCAUCUAUAGCUUCAGAAAUAAAGAUGUGAAGAACGCUCUGAAAAAAUUCUUGGGAAGAUACUGGACUUUCAAAUAA